AUGAGUGAGCAGUGGCACAUGCUUAACAUGUGCCGUCAUCUGUUUUCUUUUUCAGUGCUUCUUCUCUGCGUGUUGUUGUUAUGCUUUGGAAGUACGGCUGUGCACUCUGAGGAGAGAAGUACGCCAAAAGACGUGCAGCCGCCAGAGGGUAUCGAUCUUUUUGUGCCUAAUCGAACGAUUGUGGAGGCACAAGGUGAAAAUUAUACAGUGAAUUAUUUUGUCUCACCUUCCCUUGCCAGUGCUGGUGGAGUGUUGGUUGCACUUGCCGAGGGUCACAGCGACUCUCAACACGCCCAUCAGAAAGAACCUUGGCCCGUUUAUGUUGAUGCUGUGGCGGGGUACAUUGACUAUGCGGAGAACUGGUCGUCUUUUGUCGCUAAGGUCCGACUAAACAAAUGGAAGGCGUACGACAUCUUUAACACGACCACGCAAGAGGAGCAUAACGACCGUGUGAGAUAUGCGUACAAACCCACAACAAUUGCAAAGGGCAACAAGGUCUUCCUACUUGUGGGGGGCUAUCAUCAGAAGUACGAUCCUUCAUCGAAGAGAUGGAUUAAAUACUCAAAGGAUCUUGUUUUGCUCGUGGGUGAGGCCACGCAAGAUAAAGUCAUUCAAUGGGGCGAACCCACCUCGCUUUUGCCACAGAUCGAGCCAUCUGCUAAACAACGUGGCCUGGAGCAGUUUGUUGGUGGUGGUGGCUCAGGCGUUGUGAUGGAGGAUGACACGUUUGUGUUUCCUGUGACGGCGAGAAGGACAGGAUACAAGGAACUUGUCUCCAUGAUCAUUUAUUCGAAGGACGACGGCAAAAAUUGGUUGCUUUCACAUGGGAUGCUCCCAGCGGAUUGCACUGACCCCCUCAUCGUUGAGUGGGAGCAGGGGCAGCUUGUCAUGGUUGUUCAACGUGAUUCUCUCUUAAGGGUGUUUGAGUCGAGGGACAUGGGGGCAACGUGGAGGGAGGCUGUCAGGACACUCACACGCGUGCAUCCCAGGUUUUUACCAGACGCUUUGCGAACAGCUGAGAGAGUGGGGUCCGUCACCACUGCACUCAUUGCUGGAAAGAAGGUCAUGCUGUACACUCAGAAAGGGAUUCUCCGUGAUGACCCCUUGCAAGCCACCGCGCUCUACCUUUGGGUCACUGACAACAACCACACGUUUCACGUCGGGCCCAUUUCCAUGGAUACUACAGAGAAGCCGAUGUUUGGCAACACCCUGCUGUACUCUAACGAUGCAUUGCACCUUUUACAAGAGAGGAUCAGUACAACGACCAUAGGUCUGUUUCUUGCUCCCCUAACAAAGCAGCUGAAGACGAUCACGUCCGUCUUGGAGACUUGGGCAAAACUGGACUCCUUCCUCUCGAACUCGUCUGUGCCCACGGCCGGUCUGGUUGGAUUUUUGUCGGAUGCAUCGGGUGAAGGAACUUGGAACGACGCGUACCGUUGCUUGAAUGCAACUGUGACGAAUGCAAAGAAGGUCAGAGAUGGCUUUAAGUUCACGGGGUCCGAAUCAUACGCCAUGUGGCCUGUGAACAUGUGGAAGUACCACUAUAUUGACAGCUUUGUGAAUUACGCAUUCACGCUUGUGGCGACGGUGAGGAUUCAUCAGGUUCCGAACGAGAGCAUUCCUCUGCUGGGCGCGGGCCUGGGGGACAAUGAAAACACUACGUUUGUGGGGCUGUUGUACACGACGGAGAAACGAUGGGGUACAGUCUUCAACGGCAUGACAACAACACACAACAGCGCUUGGAAGCCGGGGAAGGAGUACAAAGUGGCGCUCAUGCUGCAGGGCAAUGAGGGCUCCGUGUACGUGGAUGGCGUGCUUGUGGGGAAUACUAACAAACUACCAAUCCUUAAGUCACGGAGGCAUGAUAUCUCUCAUUUUUACUUUGGUGGCGGUAAAAACAGCAGUGUGACAAUAAAGAACGUCUUUUUGUACAACCGCCCACUGAGUGAGAAGGAACACAAGGGUCGACGAUUCCGAUGCGUCUGGGAAACAUGCAGACGACGGCUACGAUACCUAUGA